UCUCUUGGACACCUCCAACCCAUCUCAUACACAGCAUUCAUGGUGCCAUCAGCAGCGGCUGAAGAAGGCAGCAGCAGCUUAAACAAAACGGCCAGGUGCCUCAACCACAGAGGCUCACCAUCUUCCUCCAAGUCAAUCUCAUCCACGUCAUCAUCCUCGUCAGCCUCCCCAUUCUCAACCUCCUGCCUCGGCCACCGCACCUCAAGAACCACCAAAACCAUGGAAGAGGUCUGGAAGGACAUCAAUCUUGCCUCCCUCCAAGACCAAGAAACCGCCUCCAACAACAACGUCAUCCUUCAAGACUUUCUUGCUCGACCCUUCUCCAAAGACCCACCACCGGCCCGCAUAGUUUCCACCACAGCCGCCGCAGCCGUCUACUGCCCGCCACCUGGCUCUUUGGCGCCGCCCCCAGCCACCGUCUUAAGCUUGAAUUCCGGCUGCGAGUUCCAUUUUCUUGAUCAGUCUGACCCACUUCGGCCUAACUCGCAUUUACAAUCUAAUGUCACUUCCUUCAGUAGCCCGUUUGAGGCUCUGGCUUCCUCCACCGGCUUGGCAUCUUUUGGGAAGAAAAGGGUUCCAGAAUCCGACGGUAGUUCCGGCGAUCGGCGACAUAAGCGUAUGAUCAAGAACAGAGAGUCCGCUGCACGAUCGAGAGCUAGAAAGCAGGAAUGUGCAUAUACAAACGAAUUGGAACUUGAAGUUGCUCACUUGAUGGAAGAGAAUGCAAGACUUCGAAAACAGCAAGAACAGCUAAGAUUGGCCGCAGCUGCUCAACUUCCCAAAAAGAACUCGCUCCACAGAACCUCAACGGCUCCAUUUUGAGAAUCAUCAUAGCCUUUUGAGGUUUCUAUGUGUUUUUGUAGGUGGGUGUACCUCCAUAUUAUAGUGGUUUCAGGAAAGAACAAUGCAUGUAUGGGAACAAACAAAAAAUGAGUUUAGUGUUUUUGCAUUGCAGAAAUUUAAGUUGAUGGGUCUUUUUUGUAUC